AUGUCACGAAGCUUCACCACGGCUUUCCUAAACGCUUUGCCGAGAGAGCUUCGCGACCAUGUGUACUCGUACCUGUGGGAUGACGAAGACAUGAUACGUCAAACGAAGCGCUCCAUCCGAGAGUAUGCUUGGAGCUAUAGGAUGCCUGAAUUCUGCGCUCCACCUUAUGUUCAACCGGAUCACGUGGGACAAGUUGUUGCAGAGGAGCUUGCCUUAAGCGUCUACAAGAAAGCCUUCAAGACAAGCCUUCACGUUACAAUCAGCGCGGGACAUAUACACAAGUUCCUAGCAGCGAAUCCUCUAAGAAGUAACCUCAAACCUGCGGACUGUAUAAAAGCACUGGACAUUGAAUGGUAUCCAAACGAGUAUUCCGAUGAAGACGUUGCGCGGUCAUUUCAGGACUUAUCAAACUACAGCUUUCCAACCCCCAUCCCAGUUAAACUCAUACUUGGCAAGGUUCUGGGAGACGCUGGAGGGGUUUUAGAAACUACGACAGUAUUGACUCAAGAACUUGGUGUCUUCCGACCUGUAUACGAGGCACUAGUGAGCAGGAGUUGUCCGGUAACAAUCGAGAGGUUGGGAUAA